AUGCGUCAUCUGCCGAGGUUAAGUGGAGGCUUUGCAGAUUGGGGCUCCCAAGCUGCCAGUGCUUGUGAGAGGAGCUACGAGACCUUCCUCAACACCACCAAAUGCGCCAGUGAAGCUGCAUGCUGGGAGGACGGUGUGCCUUGCAGUUGCUGCUUGGCGAAUCCAAUCCUCGACGGCUUUAUUGCACACCAGUCGGCAACUCUAGGAAAUCGAUCGGCUCAGAAUGAUUUGGGACUCUGGUGUGUUGCUCGGAUCCUUUGUCAGCAUCUUGGCAUCACCCAAGUUUCUACUAAACGAACUGCAGAGACGCUCGAAGCCCUGCAGCUUUAG